AUGAUCAUUGGUAUAUUUGUGCUGACCAUGGUCUUUUGGCUGGUUAUUGAGAUUGUUCAUUUAAGGGACCGCAAAAUAUUACAUAUUGAGCUCCAGAAGAAUAAAAUGGAUGGCGUUAUAGAUGUGCAACGAUUGGCUGAUAUAAAUAAUAAAAAUCUUGGUAGUAGUAAUCAGUCGGCUAGUAAACCAUUAUUAAUUAGUAAUAAAUUAAAUAAUAAUGACCAUGAUAUCAAGCUGGAAAUAAUCAGUGAGGCUAGUGAUUCCGAAGCAGAGACCAAGGGUUAAUGAAAACACAACUUGG